AUGGGCAAGAGGAGCAAGCGGGCAGCCGACAGCUCGUCCUCGGGAGACGAGGAAGAGUAUGUGGUGGAGAAGGUGCUGGACCGGCGCGUGGUGAAGGGCCAGGCCGAGUACCUGCUCAAGUGGAAGGGCUUCUCCGAGGAACACAACACUUGGGAGCCGGAGAAGAACCUGGAUUGCCCGGAGCUGAUCUCGGAGUUUAUGCGGAAGUAUAAAAAGAUGAAGGACGGCGACGGGAACAGGCCCCGGGAGAAGGCGGAGGGUGCCAAGAGGAAAGGGGGGUUGCCCGCUGGCACAGAUGACGUCAAGGCCAAGAAGAAGAGGGAG